AUGAUCAGCUCCUUUGRCUYGCUCACGUUGAGGGAAAGCCAUCAUCCCUGCAUCAUCCCAGCUCUCACAGCUUCCUUCAACACCAGCCAGGGAGGGGAAACCUGUGAUGCAACCAUUUCCUACAUCAGUGCCCUCUUACUACCAGCAGACACUGUUAUCUCCUGCCCUUCAAUUAGUAGUAGUAGUAGCACCAGCACCAGCUGUAGUAGUAGUAGCAUCAGCUGCAGUAGUAGUAGUAGUAGCACCAGCUGCAGUAGUAGUAUUAGUAGCACCAGCUGCAGUAGUAGUAGUAGCACCAGCUGCAGUAGUAGUAGCACUAGCUGCAGUAGUAGUAGCACCAGCAGUAGUAGCAGUAGUAGUAGUAGUAGUAGUGUAACAGGCACCAAUAGUAGUAGUAGUAGUAGUAGUAGCACCAGCAGUAGUAGCACCAAUAGUAGUAGUAGUAGUAGUAGCACCAGAAGUAGUAGUAGUAGUAGUAGUAGCACCAGCAGUAGUAGUAGUAGUAGCACCAGCAGUAGUAGCACCAAUAGUAGUAGUAGUAGCACCAGCAGUAGUAGCAGUAGUAGUAGUAGCACCAGCAGUAGUAGUAGUAGUAGCACCAGUAGUAGUAGUAGUAGUAGUAGUAGUAGUAGUAGUAGUAGUAGUAGUAGUAGUAGUAGCACCAGCAGUAGUAGUAGCACCAGCAGUAGUAGUAGUGACACCAGCAGUAGUAGCACCAAUAGUAGUAGUAGUAGUAGUAGCACCAGCAGUAGUAGUAGUAGUAGUAGUAGUAGUAGUAGUAGCACCAGCAGUAGUAGUAAUAGUAGUAGUAGCACCAGUAGUAGUAGCAGUAGUAGUAGUAGU